UGAUGGACCCUUUAGCGGUGGCUGAAGAGACGCUACUUCUAAACGUCCGUCAGAGCUUCGCCCCGCCCCUCAAGGCAGCCGGCACCAAUCAGAGUCGUGCAGGGCGGGUACUGGCCAAAGCUAGAGCCUGCUGUUGCUCCAGCAACCACCGAGGAACCCAAGGCGAACGCGGCAGCAGAGAUACGGCGCUUCAGUUCUCUCGCUGCCAGGUAGGUCCUGGGAGAUGCUCGAGUUACAUCUCAUUGGCGCUCGCGGACAGAAGGACUGGACAGGCCGAUGAACUACGAUCCCCGCUACCACCUUCGCCUUUCCUAACCGUUAGGCUCUCGGAGGGGCAUGGCUGAGGUGCACGUGAUCGGGCAGAUUGUGGGUGCCACCGGUUUCUCUGAAAGUAGCCUCUUCUGCAAGUGGGGCAUCCACACAGGGGCAGCAUGGAAGCUUCUGUCAGGUGUGCGGGAAGGCCAAACACAGGUAGACACCCCCCAGGUAGGGGACAUGGCCUACUGGUCUCACCCCAUCGAUCUGCACUUUGCCACCAAAGGUCUUCAAGGCUGGCCCCGGUUCCAUCUCCAGGUGUGGUCCCAGGACAGCUUUGGCCGUAGCCAGCUCGCAGGCUAUGGAUUUUGCCAUGUGCCCAGCAGCCCUGGCAUCCACCAGCUGACCUGCCCCACAUGGCGGCCCCUGGGCAGUUGGCGGGAGCAGCUGGCACGGGCCUUUGUGGGUGGUGGGCCACAGCUAUUGCAUGGGGAUACCAUCUACAGUGGGGCUGACCGUUACCGCCUGCAUACAGCUGCUGGUGGCACCGUGCACUUUGAGAUCGGCCUUUUGGUGCGUCACUUCGACCGCUAUGGUGUUGAAUGCUAAGGGCCCCUGCCUCCAAUGGCUGCCCCCUCCAUAUACACCUUUAGACAUCCAGUGAGGGGCAGGCUGGCACAGUGGUCAAGAGACUGUCAGAUGUAACCCAGCUAAGGCAUUGCAUUGCUCCUGUCCUUGUUAGAACCUUGAACCAGUAACUAGCUGUACCUCUGGGCCCAGUUUCCCUAUCUGUAAAAUGGAGCCAAUAAAUAUGUGGAGUCACAGGGAA